AAUCCAUCUCUCUCCCCCUCCCAACAAAGAGUUUGUGACUUGGACCACUCUUCGGUCUUCCUUGUCUCUUGUAACCCAACCCUGAGGCUAGGACUCCGACCCUUUUGACACAACCAUUAAUCAGAUUGGUGCAGGCAGGUUCAUUCUCUGUUUUCAAUGGCUGGUGGUACCGACGUGAAGAUGAAUAUUCAUGAGCAUGGAACUUGGGUGGAGGGGAGAACUCGGGUUCAGUGCAACUCCUGUGGAAAGCGAAUGACAAACUUUUAUCGUCUCAAGCUGCAUUUGGCUUAUGUAGGUAAAGACGUAACCUACUGCCCACGAGUUUCACUGACUACGAGAAUGGCGUUUUAUACGAUGCUUAUGGAGCUCAGAUCUAGAAAAAGCGGUGCUUCUAAAAACGUGAAUGCAGCUAAGCCUAGUCCUGGAAGACCCAGAAAACGUGUUUCUCCUGAGAACGAGAAUGCAGCUGUGGAAGCUGACAAACAAUCACAAAGGUGCCUUGCUCGUUUCUUAUAUGAACACGGUGUCGACUUCUCCGCUUUGGAUUCAACAAGUUUUCAAGAGCUGAUGACGACAGUAACUGGUGGUAAGUUGGCGCUAAAGAUCCCUGACUCUCGUGAUUUAAACGGUUGGAUGCUUCAAGAAGCAUUGAAGGAAGUGCAAGAUCGGGUGAAGGAGAUCAAAGAUUCAUGGGAGAUCACCGGUUGCAGCAUCCUGUUGGAUGCCUGGAUCGACCAGAAAGGCCGUGAUCUGGUUUCUUUCGUUGCAGACUGUCCAGCUGGGGCGGUUUAUCUGAAAUCCUCGGAUGUUUCGGGUAUCAAAACCGAUGUCACUGCCUUAAAGUCGCUAGUGAAUGGUAUCGUUGAGGAAGCUGGGGUGCACAAUGUGAUUCAGAUUGUUGCAUGUUCCACUUCUGGUUGGGUUGGUGAAUUGGGGAAGCUACUUGCGGGUCACGACAUGAAAGUUUUCUGGUCAGUGAGCAUAUCCCAUUGCAUCGAGCUUAUGCUGGUGGAGAUUGGGAAGAUGCAUUCCUUUGGAGACAUACUCAACAAGGUCAAUAUCAUUCAGGAGUCCAUCCAUAACAACCCCUCGUUGCUGAAAAUCUUCAGAGCUCACAGUCAUGGAGUCGACGUAACUGCACUUGCCUCCGAGUUUGAGUUUGUUACACCAUAUCUAACUGUAGAGAAUAUGUUCAGGGCGAAGAUGGCAGGAAUGUUUGCUUCUUCUUAUUGGAAGGAAGAAGAAGCAAACAUCGUAGCAGUACUUAGUUUGGUGAGUGAUUCCUCUUUUUGGGAAUCUGUUGAAAGAGUUGUGAGAUGCACAUCUGCUCUGGUUCAUGGAUUGCUCAGGUUAUCAACUGCCAACAACAUGCAUGUUGGAUAUGUCUAUGACAUUCUAAACAGCAUCAAGCUGAGCACCGCCUUGAAUUUCAAGAAUGAGAAACAGAUUUAUCAGCCAAUAUGGGAUGUGGUGGAUGAUGUGUGGAAACAUCACCUCUACAACCCUCUCCAUGGUGCUGGUUACUUUCUCAAUCCAACGGCUUACUACUCAGGUAAUUUCCAUCUUAGUCAAGAAGUAUACACUGGUCUCACCUUCUCGAUGGUUCACAUGGUAAAAGAAGCUCGCCUGCAAGUAACAAUUGCCGCACAGAUUGGUAUGUACAGACUCGGUAAAUCUUGCUUUAACGAGGCAAGUCAAGCUGAUCAGAUCUCUGGAAUCUUUCCAGUUGAUUGGUGGACUCAAAACGGGGGACAACACGCAGAGCUGAAGAGUUUUGCCGUUAAGAUUCUGAGCCAGACAUGUGAAGGUGCGUGGAAGUACAAGCUGAAGAGAGGCUUAGCAGAGAAGCUGCUGCUCACUGAAGGAAUGAGCCACUGUGAGAAAAAACAUGUGGAAGAGAUGGCGUUUGUUCAUUACAAUCUCCACCUACAAAGCCAUAGUAAGUGAUGAGAAAAGAAGAGUUGUUUGUGACUCCUCCAUGAUCACAAGCUUUAGACAAUAUCAUUGGAUCAGAGUACAUUUUUACCCAGAUAAGAUCCAUGUGUUUGGUAUUCUUGCAAAGAUUGACAAAAUUAAGUUGUUUACAAACUUCAUAUUGCGCAAAAUGCAAAGCCAAAGCUUUUUUUAGUUUUGUAAAUUUGUAUUAUUUGUUAAAUCCCAUCGUUACGAAAUUUCAA